CGUCGGCAACUGACGGGUGACGGGUGACGGCCCCAUCUCGAAAUGUGAAGGAAAGACCCGAUUUCAGAUCCCUUUUCAUUGAUGUUGGGGUUAGCAAACAUGGGUAAUUGUCUUCUCUUGCUGGGCCUUAAGAAGGAGAAAAGGCCUGUCACUCUACUUCUUGUGGGCCUGGAUAAUGCGGGAAAGACAACAGCCGCCAAGGGGAUUGUGGGAGAUCCGGUGGAAGAUGUAGCUCCAACUGUUGGGUUCUCUCCAGAAAACAUUGAAUAUCGGGGCUGUGAAAUUACUAUCUACGACUUGGGAGGAGGAAGCAAAAUCCGGCCAGUAUGGGCAAAAUAUUUCUCAGAGGUACACGGUGUUAUUUUUGUGGUUGAUGCCAGUGCUCCGGAUAGAAUACGAGAAUGUCGAGAGGUCCUAACAGGGUUGCUGUCUCAUAAGAAAGUUGCUGGAAAGCCUGUUCUUGUGCUUGCGAACAAGCAGGAUGUGGAAGGUGCCAUGGAUGAAAUAGAUUUAGUAGAGUCGCUUAAUGUAGAAGAAAUUGUAAAUAAGUACAAGUGUCCUACGCGAGUCGAAACUUGUUCUGCCAUAACGACACGGAAAAAUAAACCUGAUAAACCGAUUGCGGACGGCUUUAGAUGGUUGAUAGAUACUAUAGUGGUCCAUUACAAAGAUAUAAACAAACGCGUCGAUCAAGACAUGGAAAGCGAACGGUUACAAAUGAAGAAGGAACUAGAUGAGCGGAAAGAAAGAAUACGGAUGAGAGCCUAACGUGAGAGACAGGAGGCUCUCAGAAACGAGCAGAUGGCUAGGCGAGCGCAAACUGCCGUAUUAGAUGAUAGUGAUGAUUCUUUACAAGACACGAUAAAACCUAGUCCUAGGGCAGGGAGCAGUGGUCUACCAAAUGGUACUAUACCUCAGUUGAGAAGAGCCCAUGCUCAGGAAGAGGAGCCUGAGGCAAGCAAUUCCACAGAUGCUGAAGAGCUGAAGGAGCUGGGUUUCAAGUCAAGGGUAGAACUCCAGGAAACCACUUCAUCCUCUUCUCCACAGGUGCAUCUACACAGAGCUCAGAUUCUCGGAAAGUCCGCACAAAGGCCACAAGUGGAUGAGAAACCAGUAGAAGUCCACAAAGAGGAGGACCCACCCAGCAGACAGUCACCAGAAAGACAUAAAGUGAAAGAACAGACACCGCCUCCCCCACCAAAACCACACAGAGUUAUCUUAGUUCAAGAAUCUCCAACACACUUAGCUGCUUCCAAUCGAGAAUUGUCCAAUUCUAGUUCUCCCUCAAGUGCCACCAAGGACAAGGAUAGCGGGAUUCUCGAACCAAAUGGUUAUGCCGUCUGUGAGUAA